AUGGCUAAACUUGACACAGACUGCGACAACUUCAUCAACCUCGAGGAGUUCGUCGGAUUCUACAAAGCAAACGUCGGAGACCAAGAGGGAGGAAUCAAUGAGUUCCAUGAAGCGUUUGAGUUUUACGAUUUAAACAAGAAUGGGUUGAUCUCGUCAACUGAGUUGCAUCAGAUCUUAACUUGGUUGGGGGAGAGAUGUACGGUUGAUGAUUGUGUGACAAUGAUCAAGUCGGUGGAUUCCGACGGUGAUGGAUAUGUCAAUUUCGAGGAGUUCAAAGAGAUGAUGUUGAAGAGUUGA